UGCUGCCUCCCUUCAGGGAACCCCUCGGGACUGGGCUCCUUGGCGGCUCCAUGGUCCCCUUCCCUUCCUCCUAAAAGGAGCCCCACAACAGCCCUGCGAGGGAGGCCAGGGAGGAGGAGGAGGAGGAGGGAAGGCGAGGUCUUGCUGCUGCUUCUGCUGCUGCUUCCGCCUUGGUGUCCCCAGUAAUUUCACCUGAGACAGAAUCCAGUAAAAGAGGAAUGAGCUUCUCUGCCAUCUGGGAAGAUGCCCAGCUGCACUGAUGGCGAACUAAGUCUGCCAUAAGUUAGGAGAGAAUUUCACACUGGUCAGUCUAAGGACAGAAGAGAAGAGCCUUGCGUCUUUCCAUAGGAGCCACGCAGAGGAGCUUGGAAGAGAAGAUGCUCAGUUCUGAGGUCCAGCGCCAGCACUUCAGGCAGUAUGUCUUCCAGGAGGAGGCUUUAGAGCCCCGAAAGGUUUGCAGCCAGCUCCACAAUCUCUGCUGUCAGUGGCUGAAGCCAGAGAGACACACCAAGGCUGAGAUGAUGGACCUGGUGAUCCUGGAGCAGUUCCUGGCCAUCCUUCCCCCAGAGAUGGGGAGCUGGGUUCGAGAGUGUGGAGCGGAGACAACCUCCCAAGCAGUGGCCUUGGCAGAGGCCUUCCUCCUGAGCCAGGCAGAGGAGAAAAAGCCGAAAGAGGAGCAGAAACCUUCUGCAGCUGUGGGCUCCUCACCCCUGCCACUUGCUCCGACUCUGGCGGAUGCACAGCUGGUUUUUCAUUCGGGGUUAGAGAAGCCCAAGGGAGCUCGGCCAGAGGAGGGAUCUUUCCUCUCAGCUGCUGAGGCUCCGCGCCCCCGCCCGGCCCAUCUUGGAUUGGACGGAUCACUGUGGGCCCCACUGAUCACUGUGAGUACUGGGGCCCCUUCUCCCCCUCCCCAGGCAAGCUCCCAUCUCCCACCAGAGUGGGCUGCUGCCUUCAGAGCCUUCUUGACUCAGUUGGUCCCCCACGUCUGUGACCACCAGGGGACUCCCCAACGAGGGGGGGGAGGAUCCAUAGGGACCUUUGAGCACCAUGACCGUCCAGGAGGAGGGGGACCCAGGAGACCACAGCUACACCCUCCUCCCCGCCGACUCUGGGGCCUCGCAGGCCACCAAAGAGGCCCCAGCUAA